AACAUAGAAAUAAAUAAAACAAAUACUACUAUGUUUAAUGUUUCAGUUUAUCGCAAGUCAGUGUUAACAGCUGAGCAGCUGAACAGAGACCCUACACAUACAUACAUAUACCCAAACUAGGGUUUGUGUUCUGUUCCCCUUUUGUUUUCAAGCCUAGUAUCUCAAUCUCUUCAUAAUCGCUCCAGGUUAUCAGUUUGUGGUGGUGGUGUGUUGGCUAUAUAUCAAGAGCUAUAAGAAAGCAGCAAAUCUUACGAGUUGCAGUGUAUUUGCAGAGGGAAUCUAUGGCAGGAAAUCUGCCAGAGGAUUCUUCUCUAAACAGCACUGCAGGACAUUUAGGCAACAUCAAUAACCCUGAAGACUUAGAUUGUUAUGCACGCAGAUGGUACUUUAGCAAGCAAGAAGUAGAAGAGCUUUCUCCAUCAAGGAAAGAUGGCAUUAGAGAGGAUGAGGAAUCUUAUUUGCGCAAGUUGUAUUGUGCAUUCAUACAAGAACUUGGCAUGGAGCUAAAAGUGCCGCAGCUGACAAUCGCAACGGCACUGUUAAUGUGCCAGCGAUUUUAUAUGAGGCAAUCUCAUGCAAAGAAUUGUUGGCAGACUAUUGCAACUGCAUGCUUGUUCCUUGGUUGCAAAGUUGAGGAAACAUCACGUUGGCUAAAUGAUGUCAUUGUUGCGGCUUACAAAUUAAUGUACAAGUGGGAUCCGUCUGCUUCUAAAAGAAUACAACAGAAGGAAGUAUACGAUAAACAGAAAGAACUAAUCAUAAAAGGGGAGAGAUUUGUACUGGCAACACUGGCUUUUAAUAUGAAUAUUGAACACCCGUAUAAGCCACUUGUUUGGGCUCUCAAGAAAUUGGAGAUAUCUGAUAAGGAACUUACAAAAGUAGCCUGGAACUUUGUGAAUGAUUGGUUGCGUACAAGUACACUGUGCUUGCAGUACAAACCUCAGUAUAUUGCUGCUGGUUCCAUCUACUUGGCUGCUGGAAUUCGGAAAGUAAAUUUGCCGAAGGGCUGGAGGAGGCUGUUUGAUAUUUCACCCAAAUACAUGGAAGAGGUUGUGCAACAGAUGAUGAGAGUAUUGGAACGAAAUCAGCAAAUUGCCCAGCCAUCUGUGCGUGGCAAGGGGAAUGCUCCUAAGAUUACUGAGAAAAAGGCGUUGUCCAGUAGCCAGGAUUCAUGCACUUUAAAUGGCCCUGUUGCUUCAGGUUCCUCUGUCUUGAAAACUUCAGAGAAUGCACGGCUUAAUGAUUCAAUCUCUGUAUCAUCCAAGUGCGACAAAAAGCAAGUAUCCUGUGAAGUCAAGGAUUCUGAAAAAGAGACAAGCCUUUAUUCAUCCCCUGUUACUGUAAAAGAAUUGUCCGGUAGCCCACGAGCAGGUGCACUAAGUGGCUCACACAAUUCUGGCAUUUCAGUAUCAAUGGCAAGUGGUGUAGGGCUCCAUGAUCCUGUGUUGUCCAAAUGCAACGAAAAAAUUGCCUGCAGUAAUGUUCCGGAUCCCUUGAAAGAAACAAAGGUACAUUGUCAGGCAAGUGAUUGUGGCAGCGCGGAUAGUGUAGUGGAAGAUUGUGACGAUCAGCCUGUGAGAGAAAAAUCAGAUGUUAAUUUGAGUUGCAAGAUAGUUUCCAUUGAAAGCAGUAGUUCUAAGAUUAACCUUGACAGAAUAAAAGAGCUUAGGAAGAGGAAACGAGAUAUGAUUGCAAGCAGGAAGUUAUUGGAGGACGAGGGUAAGGAGAUGAUGGAUAGUGAAGCCUGGAUUGAGAGGGAGCUUGAGAACGGCAUACAACUGGAGUCUGCCAAUACAGAUAAGCAGAGGAAGUUAUAAAUAUAUGUAGUUUUGUAAUAAGAAUAGAACUUGCAUAUACACCCUGGCUAUAUACAUUCUAUAGUCUCGAGGGGAAAAUUGCCCUCAAUUUUCUUUCAAAAGAACAAUGCAAAUAUUAGGUUGUAAUUGAACAUAGUAUAUCUGAAUAUGGAGGUAGUCCCAUUGUUUCAAGUUAAGGUUCAAGUUUUACUUGAUGCCAAUGUGACGAUGGGAUUUAUGAACCCUGCUAAGGAGUAUAGGGAUGAUGUUAAUAUUUGGCGAAACAAGGGAGAAGUUGUAGGGGAGAAGUUGCAGGUAAUUUUUCGCUGAACACUGAAAAAUUGGAGGAAAAUGAAGUUUUGUGCUUGAAGAAAAUGACUUGAUAAAAAUGUAUCUGGAAGGCGUAAUAUUUAGACUUAGGCGCAAUGACUUGGGGGUGAAUUUCUACUUGGGUUAUGAUCUUCUGGAGGCCUUUCUUGCAAGGCAACAGGUCUGGAUCCUCAAUUUUCUGAUUGCCGGGUCUUGAAUAUAAAGUUGAAGCCUGUUUGACAUUGCUUUUGUAGUCUGUAGACUUGAAAAUAACAUUUCUAGCGUUUCUUACCAACACUGUAUUUUCUUUUCAAGUUGGGGGAAGUUUUUCUAAGAAAUUUUAGUUUGUAA